GUAAGGCGUGUUUUCCGAGUGGGUGUGUGAGAGGCAGCAGGAAGAGGAGGUCAAAUUCCCUACGAGAGUUUGAACAACGUGAGGCUGUCUUCUGGAAAAGGUUCACAGGUAGACAGUUGUGCUGGAGCAACAAUAGACAGUAUAGUUUGCAAUGCAGCAAUUAUAGUUUGUAUUCAAAAAUAAGCGAGGCGCCGUUGGGGUGUACUUUGUCUGUGUCGCGCUAGUUGGCAGUUAACAGAGAUAACGUUAGCUAAUGCUAACAAUUCAUGUCGCGUGUUCGCAGACAUCUCCAUAACUAACAUCAGAACCAAAGUAAAAUUAUGACUUUUGCUUGCCAAAAGUUAGUGUUAUUAUCUGUUUAGAUGUAAUGUGUGAUUCAUCUCCGCGGAGCAUUAGCUUAGCUGCGAGGUGCAUUAGCUAGCCACUGCCUCUUGCAUUUAUUUUGUCUUUGAGAACUAGUGUCACGGUCACAGCUGUCAUGUUUCACUCCGCGUCCCGUCGUCCGAUCUGCGAGAUCGGUGUAAACACAAUAAGGCUUCAGAGCUGCAAGUCAUUCAGGCAGACUGUCGAGGAGGGCAGAGGAAAACUCGAGAGGGUCCCGUGGCUGGGGAGGAACGUGGGCCUGCUGCUCUCCUGGCUCCAGAGAGCAGGUGCCAGUGAGGCCGCGGGAUCUGGCCAUAAGAAGAAGGACUUACUCUCCAUAUUUGCCGACCACUGCAGCUUUGUGACUGGACAGAGGCUCCGACGUGCUUGUCAGAUCCGCGAGCUUUACUCAAACCUGUACUCCGAGCGCACCAGGUGGAACCUGGUUGGGAACAUAUGGCGCAGAUUUCAAAGCAAGCACGCCCCCACUGGGAAACUUGUCGCGGCCCUGGCUGGUGUCUUCAUGUGGGAGAAUGAGAAGAUUCAAGAUGAGGAAAUUCACAGGUGUGGACUUGAACUACAGGCCCUGGAGGCUGUAAAAUGCCUAAGCACAUCCUUGGGGGCUGUGGCCGGACAACAGGAUUCUGGCUGGGAAGCUGUGGUGGAGAGGAAAGACUUCAGAGUGUGGAAGCGUCCUAUUCCCAGCAGUCACCUCUAUGAAUACAGAGUGUUGGGCUCCUACACCGAUGUCACACCAAGACAGUUCUUCAACGUACAGUUGGAUACAGAGUACAGAAAGAAGUGGGAUUCUCUGGUUAUCAAGCUUGAAGUGGUGGACAGAGAUGUCAGUACUGGCUCUGAAGUUGUGCACUGGGCUACACACUUCCCUUAUCCCAUGUACUCAAGGGACUAUGUGUAUGUGCGCCGCUAUGAUGUUGAUGUCGACAAAAACCUGAUGGUCUUGGUAUCCAGAGCCGUGCAGCAUCCCAGAGUCCCAGAGACUCAGGAAUUUGUGAGAGUCCAUUCAUACCAGUCAAAGAUGGUCAUUCGCCCUCACAAGUCCUUUGAUGAGAAUGGGUUUGAUUACCUGCUGACGUACAGUGAUGACCCUCAGACUGUUUUUCCCCGUUACUGUGUGAGCUGGAUGGUGUCAAGUGGCAUGCCUGACUUUCUGGAGAAGCUACAUACUGCUGCCUUGAGGGCCAAGAACUUGGAAGUGGGGAUCCAUGACUACACGAGUGUCAUUAAAUCCAGUGACACCAACCGCCAGCCAAGCCAGGAGCGCCUCAGCGGAGAAACCACACGCACAGGUGGUCCAGGACAGAUCUACGCUUGAGAUGGAUAUUUUGUAGAUCAGGGGGUUACAUUGGCGUGUUUUACUUACACUUGAACCCAUAUCAAACCCUCCAACACCAACUAUUUGGGUGCGUUGUGUGAACUGCAUAUGGAAGUUGCAACCUACAGUAAAGAGAAAUAUCCUGAAAGUCCAUCCACAGACAUGGUUAUAUAGGUUGUAGAUGAGUUAUUACAAGAGUACUGUAUUGGUGACAGCAUUACUGUCCUUGGAGCAAAUGUAGCCAUGGAAAUUGUCAUCCAGACUGCUGGCAUUGGCACAAUUUUUACUUAGCCAACCAAUGUCACAUGGCAUUUUUUGCCUCCUUUGGUAAAGAUGUAUGUCUUGCAACUAUUGGUAUGAUCGAGCCAAAAUUCCUAAUUGUAGAAAUGCUCUUUGCCAAAGCACGGUUUUUCUCAGUUUAAUGUUCUAUGGCUUGUCCUCCAUUGUUUGACAAGGCUUGACUUUGAAGGCUGUUCAGACCGCCAGCGGCCACAUCACUAGUUAGUGUCUGUGGUAUGAUCUCAGCAAGAGGUCAUACAAAUGGUUGCACAGUAUUUGAACAUAGAACAGUCACUGUAACACAAAACUAUGGCCAAGAUUUCUGUACUGACAGAUGAAGGCCUGCACUGAGGCCUCUGCGGGAAAUACUUCCUAACAUGUUUCUUCAUUUCAUGGACUUAAAGCAACUGGUUUCCUGUUUGCUUGCAACACGAGCAUUUGCUCUUCAUAUGACUGGAUAGGUUGGAUUAAAAAAAAAAAAAAAAAACUACUAAAAUGAUGCCGUUAUUGGAACAAUUGUCCACAGAGUUGAAAAUGUAAAAUCUGGAGUUUUUGUUUUUUGUUUGUUUGUUUUUUUUUUUGUGUUUUGGGGGUGGCAUUGGUUUCCUGUCAGCACAGUUGAGCUUUCACACUCUCUGCUUCACCAUGUCCGCGUGACUGUUCAAAACUGCCAGCGUUGACAAAACAGCCUUUUGAAGAUAAGCCGGUCCUUCAGCAUUAGGGGCAUAGUGUCUUAUAACAACCACAUAAAUCCUCAGAUACAAUGGUACUCAUACGCUUCUAGCAAGGCAACCUUAGAGAGACACAUUUAAAAAAAAAAAAACAAAAAACAAAAAAAAAAAA